AUGGAUCGUGCCGCGGGUUCUGUUGCACAUCCACCAUAUUUCGAUGGCAACAACUAUGGUGCUUGGAAGGCCAAAAUGAAGUCGUUUCUUUGGUCCUUAGAUGAACGUGUAUGGUACACAGUGGUUCAUGGAUUUUCUGAACCCACAAAGAAGAUCGGAAAAGGAGAUGAAGAAACCACAGUUCUCAAAUCUAGAGAGGAGUGGACCACUGCAGAAGUCACACACAGUACUAAUAAUCAAAAAGGGUUAAAUGCUAUAUUUACUGCUGUAUCUUCUGAUCAAUUUGAAUAUAUAUCUAGUUGUGAUACUUCUAAGGAAGCUUGGGAUAUUUUGCAGGUCACUCAUGAAGGAACAGAUACUGUCAAGGGUGCCAAGCUUCAAAUGCACACUCUACAAUUCGAGACAAUUCUGAUGGAUGAGAAUGAAACCUUUUCUGAAUUUUAUGCCAAACUUUGCGUUAUUGUGAAUGCAUGUUCAAAUUUAGGUGAAAAAAUUCCAGAAGAUAGGGUGGUGAAAAAGAUUUUACGGUCCUUGCCUCCACGUUUUUCACCAAAGAUCACAGCCAUUGAAGAGAUUCGUGACCUGAACACUCUGAAAGUUCGUGAACUUAUAGGGUCGCUUCAAACCUACGAGAUGAAGCAUCUAGCUCCUAAGAAAAAUAAAAGCGUUGCUCUUAAAGUAGUUGAUAAUGAAGAUGGUGAACACCAAUCUGAAGAAUUCAAUGGGGAGGAAUUUGCUUAUCUUUCACGACAAUUCAAGAAGUUUUUCAAAUAUCAAAAUUCGAGAAGUCAUGAUUCAAAAAAUCACUCAGGUAUAAAUUCAAAAAUUAAGCAUGGUGAUUACACUGAUGGUAAUUUAAAAUCUCGCAGGUUUACUGAGAAGAAGACCACUAAAGACAGAGUCAAGUGCUAUGAAUGCGAAGGAUAUGGACAUAUUUCCACUGAAUGUGCCAACACACAAAAGAAGCAAAAUGGCAAAGCCAAAGCACUGAAUGUAACCUGGAGUGACAGCGAUUCAGAAUCUGAAAGUGAAGAAAAUACCAUUGCGUUAAUCACCACUGUUAGUUUGGAUAAGGCACAGCAAAACAAUGGGAAUGAUGAAGAACCAAAUAUUGGUUAUGUGCUGGAAAAAUAUGACGAUCUUCUAGCUGCCUCUCAGAAACUGAAUCAACACAACAAAGAGCUUGCCAAAAAGGUUGCUGUGCUGGAGCUUGAAAACAGUAGGAUUGCCAGGACAUUACAAUCCUCUACUGCUGAACCAGAAACAAUUGGUGAAGGUAUGUACGAAAAAUUGGAAUUCUUACAGAAAAAAUGCUUUGAUCAAAAUAAAUUAAUUGAUUCCUUGACCUCUAACAACCAAGCUCUUGAAAUUGAGCUUAAAAGUUCAAGGGAAAGGAUUAUUGCUUUGACAAUUGGUGCAGAAAAGGUUGACAAAAUGAUUAGCAUGGGUCGAAGAGAUGGAGACAAACGUGGCUUAGGUUUUGAUUCACUCAACAAGUCUUCCGCUGUAUCUGUUACAAAGUUUGUCAAACCAUCACUUUCUACUGGUAUUCCAACUCAUCAAACAACUUGGAGAUUUACACCCACGUGUCAUUAUUGUGGAGCUCGUGGACACAUUCGACCAAAAUGCAAACUGUUUCAACAGAUUUUUGUAAGUCAAAAGUCCACCAAGGAGGGACAGGUAAGAAUUCGAAACAAGAUUGCAUGUCUUGUAAAAGAGGUAAGUAGGCUGUCAAAACUCUCUCAUUCCCUAUCCUUACCAAGUUCAAAUCUAGUGUGGAGAAGAAAGGAUAAUCAAAAUUGCUUGCUGGCAAUUUCAAGUGAUUCACAUCAAACUAAUCCUCCUGAAAUAUUAGAUGUGAAAUGUUUUGUUGCUCUUACUGCUCUUUCUGACUCUAAAUCUAAAUCUUGGUAUUUUGAUAGUGGAUGUUCGAGACACAUGACUGGUGAAAAAUCAUAUUUUUCAGAAAUCUCUCCAGAAUGCGUGAGUGGAAUGGUUACUUUUGGAGAUGGAAGAAAAUCCAAGAUUUUGGGCAAAGGAAAGAUUAUGGCAACUGGUACACCUAGCUUGGACAAUGUUUUAUUAGUUGAAAAUCUUCAAGCAAACCUCAUCAGUGUAAGUCAACUUUGUGAUGAAAUAGGUAAACGUGAGGGUGUUUGUGAAGGUUGCCAACUGGGAAAGCAAACCAAAAACCCUCACAAAGCUACAAACUCAAUCUCCACCUCUAAAACUUUGGAACUGAUGCAUAUGGAUUUGGUUGGUCCAAUUCAAGUUGCUAGCUUAGGAGGAAAGAAAUACAUUCUUGUCUUAGUAGAUGAUUUCUCACGUUUUACUUGGGUCAUUUUUUUGCAUGAUAAGACAGAAGCCUUUAAUUCCUUCUAUGUUUUGUACAAGCUAAUCAUGAAUGAAAAAUAUGACACUAAUUCUUGUAUCAUGAGACUUAGGACAGACCACGGGAUGGAAUUUGAAAAUCGUGCCUUCUCUGAUUUCUGUUCUGAACAAGGAAUAAAACAUGAAUUCUCUGCUCCAAUCACUCCCCAACAAAAUGGGGUAGUUGAAAGGAAAAAUAGAGUCCUCCUUGACAUGGCUCGUGUCUUGCCACAUACCAAGAGCACUCCAUAUGAAAUCUGGAAAGGGAAGAAACCAAAUGUCAAGCACUUAAGGACUUUUGGUAGUAAAUGCUACAUUUACAAAGACAGGGAGUAUCUUGGAAAAUUUGAUGCAAGAAGUGAUGUUGGAAUAUUUCUUGGUUAUUCUAUGAAUAGUCGAGCAUAUAGGGUUGAACCUAGGAGUGAAGAUACAGAUAUGGAAACUCACGAAUCUGCAGAUGGUACUGAAGCUGACUUCGAGGAUUGUAACCAGCCUAUCAAUCCUGUGAUACGCAGACCUGGUGCAAAACAAGUUCAGAAAGAUCACUCACCUUCAGAUGUUAUUGGGAAUGUUAAUGAUAAAUUGAGAACUCGACAACAAGUCUGUAAUGAGGUAACCAAUUUAUGUUAUGUAUCCCUUAUUGAACCUAAGAGUGUGACAGAUGCUCUUGCAGAUGACGACUGGAUUCUGGCUAUGCAAGAUGAAUUAAAUCAAUUCGAAAGAAAUGAUGUGUGGUAUCUUGUUCCACGUCCCAAAGACUCAAAUGUAAUUGGUACCAAGUGGAUCUUUCGAAAUAAGACAGAUGAGAAAGGACAAAUUAUGCGCAACAAAGCUAGACUUGUUGCCCAAGGUUAUUCUCAAAUUGAAGGUUUGGAUUUUGAUGAGACUUUUGCUCCGGUUGCACGUUUAGAAUCUGUUCGAUUGUUGCUAUCCAUUGCAUGUUAUCUUCAGUUCAAGCUCUAUCAGAUGGAUGUGAAGAGUGCGUUCCUAAAUGGAGUUUUACAAGAGAAAGUCUAUGUGGAACAACCUGCAGGUUUUCAAGAUCCUAUCCAUCCCAAUCAUGUAUAUCGUCUGAAAAAGGCUCUCUAUGGACUCAAACAAGCCCCGAGAGCAUGGUAUGAUAGAUUGUCCACACAUCUUCUUCAAAAAGGGUACACUCGUGGUAGCAUUGAUAAGACCCUCUUUGUCAAAAGAACCAAACAAGAUUUAAUGGUUGCUCAAGUAUAUGUGGAUGAUAUUGUUUUUGGAUCUACUUCAGACAUUCUUGUCAAAGAAUUUCAUGAGGUUCAACAAUUCAAUGGAGGCAUGUUCAUAUCUCAAACAAAGUAUGCCAAAAAUUUGGUGUCCAAAUUUGGUCUUGAAUCUGCCAAGCCCAUUCGAAAUCCUAUGAGCACAAGCACCAAACUUUCCAAGGAUUUACAUGGCAAAAGUGUAGACCAGAAAUUAUAUAGAAGCAUGAUUGGCAGCUUGUUAUAUUUGACUGCCAGUAGACCUGACAUCUCCUUCAGUGUUGGACUUUGUGCUCGCUUCCAAUCCGAUCCCAAAGAAUCACAUCUACUUGCUGUGAAAAGAAUUCUCCGCUAUGUGAGUGGUACCACAAACUUUGGUGUAUACUACUCAUUUGACUCAAAUGUUGAACUUGCAGGCUAUUCCGAUGCGGAUUGGGCUGGGAGCAUUGAUGAUAGAAAAAGCACAACUGGCGGAUGUUUUUACAUAGGCAACAACCUUGUCUCUUGGUUUAGCAAGAAGCAAAAUUGUGUCUCUCUCUCCACGGCCGAGGCCGAGUACAUCGCUGCUGGGAGUUGCUGCACACAGUUGUUAUGGAUGAAACAAAUGCUCAAUGACUACGGCAUUCGGCAAGUGGAAGAGAAUGUGCUCUCACUUGAAUUUGUUUCUACUGCAAAACAAUUAGCUGAUAUUUUCACAAAACCUCUAGACAAUCUACGGUUUGAAACCCUUAGACAGUCAUUAGCUCGUGCAAGGAUUGUUAGGCUGCAUCAAUCCUGUAGUUGUCUGAACGUAUUAGCUGAUCUUAGAUUGGACUCUGACUCAUUUGGUGUUGUUUAUCUUUCACCUUGCAUGUGGUCUGCCUCCUUGAUUAUCUGUGAAUUUGUGCGUUUCAUUCAGUGGCCUGCUUUUGUUCCUGCUAUGCUUUGCUUCUUAUGCGUUCCAGACAACAAUGGGUCUGCUCCUACUGUCUCGUCUUGCUCACUUACCUGGCAUAUUAGGUCAUCUUCUUCCUCAAUUAGAUUCGAUCUCUCUUCAGCCCCCAUUGCUGUCACCCAAGGGUCACGGCGUCUGCUACUUCGUGUCUUGCUCUGUCGCAUCACCAUGGUCACCACACGGAGCCGUCGUACCUCCUCAUCCGACUCCCUCAAAGUCAACAACCAAGUCACUUUACACCGCAGCGAUGCUCACUGUACUUCUGGUGGUUUCUCCAUCGAGCAACAGGCUCUUUUGGAUUCACUCUCUGCCUCCCAUCAGGUGACGCAUGCACUUCUUCGUCGCAUCUGGAAUCGUCUUGACACCUAUAGUGAGCUGUUGCUAUCUGUUGCUGGGCACAUUCAACCUACUGCUCCUCCCCGUUCUCCUCGGGCACGCAGCAUCUAA